GCCAGAUACGGCCGUUAAGAAAGCGGUUGCAUGCUAAACAUCGUAACGUUGGCGGUAUCGUGGAACCUAUUCGCGUUAUUUCGACGAGGUUUCUUCAGUUAUACACGCGUCCUGAUAUUACUCCAAACCCACACGAUUAAACGUGACCCGAAGUGAUUGUGAAACUUGCCAUGAAUGCAUGCUCGAAGCAAAUCGUCUCUUUGUUCCCAGCGUCGUAGAAGAGAGUGUGAAUGCCUACACCGAUAAAUUUUAAGUGGCCUCUGUGUGCGAAACGUUUCACCGAUCAACGUGAAUUCUGGAUUUGUAUUCGACGAUAGUGCAGCAACGAGCACGUUUGAUGAACCAAACAACGCAUCUGGGAAAAGUUUGAUUUGCAUCGCCGGGAUGUCGAACCCAAGGAGUAUCAGUGGUUCAGUUCGAGAAGGCACCAGGGUUGUGCUUCGAGAAAUCACGGCAUCCCUUCAUAAUUCACCUCCUCUGCAACCUCCUCGUUGCAAGAGCGUCAGCGACAAUUCACUACAAAAAACAGCAGAGCAUGAGGUGAAGGUCCGGUUCGCCCGAGAGUUCGCCGACGUUGGAUCGGUCACCUACUCGGCUCCAGAGUCUCUGUCCUCGGCCAGCAGUUUCCAAAGUCUCACCAGCAGCCUCAGCACCAAGAGCAGCAGCGGCAUAUGCCCAGACUCCGUGCCCCAAAGUCCCAAUCAGGUCACAGAUACUUCCUAUUUGAACAACAGUAUACAUGGCGUAGAAGACUUGAUCCUCGGUUGCGCAACCAUACGCCUCAGCAGUGAGGAGGAUCAAAACCACUCGUUCAACGAGCUUCAGACCACCCAGGACAUCAGCCAGGACCAGAGUUUCUCAUCUGCCAUCGGACCAGAACUCACGAGAGAGCUUAUCAAAGAUAUCUCGCCACUGAGCUCUGAUAAAAUCCUCCAAAGAGUCGAAGAAAGCUCCUCGAGACGAAGUUCGCUGGUCAACCGUCUACACGAUGUGGAAGAGCGACCUAUUCUGAUUGUUCCUAACGCGUUAGUGGUAGAAGAACCGACCAAGGAACCGGUUUUUCCCAAAGAGAGUGAUGAUCUGAUCAGCAGUCCUCAAAUUAGUAGUCUUACGAACAUUGAAGAGCUUCCAUUGUCACAGCACAGUGGAGAGGGCUCGAGUUUAAACUCUACUAUUUGUUUGUCAGCUGUCAAAGAAGACCCAAGCUAUUCGAAGCCAGAAGAACAUAUUGCACAAGAAAAUACUGAGGUUAAAGCUGAGCUUUUGUCGGUAAACGUUAUACCUAGCUCCGCUGUAGACUCUGUAGAUUCAGUGUCUGCACUCAUAGAACAUGCAGAAGGCCCGUCAUUGCCUAGUAUUUCCGCGAUAUCCUUAUUGAGUCUUACAGGCUCUACAAAACUAAACGAAAGCGAAACUUGUGAAGUUGGAGAAGAUGUGAAGAGCCUGUUAGUCAGGUCGUCGUCCCCUAUUAAUGGUACUAACGAAGGUGCAAUCACCGUAUCGCAGAAUGUAUUGAAGAGUCCCGAUCAAGAUAUUCAAGACACACAUAGCAGUCAAGCAGAGUCAAUCUCACCCAGUUUUUACGAUGCUACGGACGGCGGAGAAAGUCGUGCUGUUCUUCUAAACGACACUCCUUUGUCAACACUGAAAACGCUUAAGCUUGAGGAGCAUUUAGAGAUUAAUGUUCCUAAGGGAAACGAAUGUAGCGAGACAUUCGGUAGCGACGUUGAACUUUCAUCAAAGGUAGAUAGCCUGAAAGUAGAUGUCUCUCCUUUGGCCACAAAGGAAACAGUAGACGAUAAUAAGUCGGAGGUGUUUCUGAGCGCACAAGGAACAAAUAUUAUCGAAGGAGCAAACGCGAUAAAUGCAGCGAAGCAAAUAGAACUCGAGGAGACAGAAGAACGAUCGUUUGAAGAAAAAUUAGACAAGACUCUCACUUUUCAAGAUAAUUCUUUAAAGUUGGAUAGUGUACAGGAAAUAGAACAGUAUACGGAUUUCAAGCCUCAACGGCAGAGUACCACGUUAGCUUUACCCGUCGAACAACCGAAUUUCGAUGAAUUGAAAGCUGCUGCUGAACAGAUUGCCGAUGAUAUUUUUAAAACCUCGUUGGAGUUUUCCGAAGACAACGACUGUUUUAUCACCGCCACACCCGACAUAUUCCAAGAUCCUACAUCCUUCGAUUUUCUCAUCAACCACGGCAACAAGAAGACCAUAAACCGCUUGAGAAACGAAUCUUUGUAUGUGAAGUUCGACCCACUGGUGACAGAUACCAGUAUGUUACCUCAAGGAAAUAGUCCGCCUAUGAACGAGGAACAAAACGGCAAAACUGAAAGCACGCCGCCAAACAUUGUUACUCCAAAACGUAAUCCUGCCAUAGCAGCUAUAGACAGGCUACUUUUUUACAGUCCUCUUUGUACUAGUAUGACGCAGAAAAUGGAAGAACCUCUGGAAAAAAUCAAACCGACUACGGAAGAACCAAAAUCGGAUGCUCCACUAGUUAACGAUAUCAAUAUGAGCAAAGAACUAGAGUUAGUAAGGGCGACCGUACUACAACUAGAGGAAGAGCUAGAGAAGCAAAAGAAGGAGUAUGAAGCUGAAUUGGAAAGACAAAAGAACUCCUUCCAAGAAAAGAUUAACAAGUUACAAGCACAGAUCGCGCAGGAGGUGAAGAGUAAAUCGGAGAUGACGGUCGUAAUUGGGGAAUAUGAGAGAUCGAUUAGUCGAAUGCUCACAGAGGUAGAAAGAGAUCGUACGACUUUUGAGCAAGAGAAAACAAAGGUGCAAGAAGAGUUGCAUACCACGAACGUUCAUUUAACGAACACGGAGGCUGCUUUCAAUGACGUUCAUCAAAAAUAUGAGAGGCUUAAAGGAGUCGUGACCGUAUAUAAAAACAAUGAAGCAGUUCUGAAAGAAAGUAUCCAGGAAAAUCUAGAAACUAUUAAGAGUUUGGAAACCCGAUACGAUAACCUUAAAAAUCAUGCUUUGAUUCAGCUCGAGAACGCUAACCUCGAAUUGGAUACCAUGCGAAAACAACACCAAGACGAAACGGUAAAACUUCAUGCAAUGGUCAGGAAAGCAGAACUCAAAAGUAACUCGCUAGCUGAACUGGUUGAGCAGAAAACUAAAGAGAAUAAAGAAUUGGCCCAAAUAUUGGAUGAAGUGAUCGCCAGGGUUGGUCACCAAAACGCGGAAUAAAAAAAGAGCGAACGGAAUAAACGAGUAUCGCGAAUGCAAUGCGAUUAGUCUUUAUUUUUUUACUCGCCCCCCUUAACGUUUUAGAUACAACCACAUACUAGGUAUGAUUGAUAUAUAUGUAUACAUGCGUUGUUUCUAAAAUUAUUAAUUGCAAAUUACGUUUUUGUUUCAAAGAAGCACCUUUUAUUAAUUAUUUAUAAGUUGUGAAAUAUAUAUAUAUAUAUACUA